CCCACUGAAGAGAACGAAAGAACCCAUUCUGUCCUGUCCGGCUGUUCCUGCCCCCUUCUCAUUCGUCGAAGACUCCAUUCAGCAAUGAAAAGACGACCUGCCACUCUUCGUCCCAUAGACGCAGGCGGCAGGCCCCUCCUCUCUUUCUCCCCUUCUUUUCCGAAAUGCCCCCUUUAGCGCGCUCCAGGCCGCGGACGGCGAUCCCUGCCCGCCGUCUUCUUCAGUUCCCGAUGGAGAAACUGCUGUUGGUAUCUGCAGAUCUCUCGAUCUCAUUCAUGUGGGUAUGGGCGGGAGCCCUCACGAAGCUUUUCGUAUAUCAAGUUCUGGGGUUGGGGCACCACCCCGGCGGCGAGCUCGUCAAGGGGGCGCUCUAUCUCUGCGUCCUCUUCUUCUUCGCUUGGCUGGGGAAGGCGAGCAGAGGAGGCUCCUACAAUCCCCUCUCCGUCCUGGCCAGGUCGAUCUCCGGUGACUGGGAUGGCUUCUUCUUCACCAUAGCUGCCAGGAUUCCGGCUCAGGUGGUUGGCUCCGUAGUGGGGGUGAUGGUGAUAACGUUGAUAUUCCCUAAGGUGGCGUAUGGGCCUCGGCUGAAGGUCGACAUGAACCGGGGGGCGUUGACGGAAGGGGCGCUCACCUUCGCCAUCGUCGCCGUUUCGCUGGGGCUCACCAAAUACGAUCCCCGCAAUUUCUUCCUCAAGACGUGGAUCCACAGCGUGUCCAAGCUAGCCCUCCAGAUCCUGGGCUCCGAUUUAACGGGAGGCAUCAUGAACCCCGCCUCUAUGCCAAUUGGAUGUUGUGAGUUCAAUUGGGCCGUCCUAUCCAUAUCAUCAAUGGACCCAGACCCUAUUAAACGUGAAGCGCAACGUAUGCGGUGCUGUUGUUGCUUCAAAAGUAGAGUGUGGUUUCUGCAAAUUAUUCAUAUUCAACUGGUUAGGGUCAACAGCCGAGUAACCCGUUCGACAUCCUUAUCGGUGUCUACUCCAUUGUCGGUUACCGGCCAAGAGGACGAGGAUAAGGUUGAAGAAGGGAAAGGGGCUUGCGUAGUCAAGCACUGGCCCACAUUUGGAGGCUCCUUUUGAAAGAAAAUCUCGGAGUGCCCACCAAUGGAAAAGCUUUCGCUGAACUUUCUUCUUCUUCUUCUGAUUAUUAUUAAGAAGAGAACCUGGCCCUUCAUCAUUUGAUCGGUAUGUCAGUAUUCAUUACUUUUAUGUAAUAGGUAGAAGACGGAAAAUCAGUUUUUCUGUAUAUGAAAUUGAGCUUGGGGGGGUUGCCAUGACGCAUAUCAUUUGCGAGAAAUUUUUGUACAUCUUGCAACAAAAAAAAAUAUCUGAAAACUUGGUUAUGGAUACCAACCUAAGUAGUGAUAGACCACGAAACUGGCACUUUGAUCACUAGUUAGAUGUUGGAACUUGGGAAUCUGGAACUCCUGAAAUUCUUAUAUAAGCUUGUUUGUGCCCAAGGCUUCCUAUUUCAAGGAAUUCAAUGGUGAGGGUGUUGUGUGAAUUUUUCAGACUUCAAAUUCAAGUCUAAAAUCGCCGCUGUUCCUCCGUCAAAAGCUCAAAACUGUAUCACCACCAUACCUUAUAUUCAUGGCUUUGCUCCCUGCACCAACGGCAUCGAUUUGAUUUCUAACAUAAUCUGACAUGGACCAGCCUCCCCCUGAGCAUGCUCUGCCAAAAAAAAAAAAAUUGAAAAAAAAUGAACAAGAAAGGCGUAUUGGCAAAGCACAUUUAGAUUUCAAAAAGAAAAAAAUACACACGCAAACAAGGGCUUGUUGUUUGUUUCAAACGUUUGCUGUUACCUUGAGUUGAUCAAAAUUGCUCAAGGCGGCUUGAAAAGGGUCACCUAAUUUAAGCGCAUUAAUCGUGUAAAAGCAAACAUUACGUGUGUUGUUCUAGUGAAUUUUAUAUUGCUAAAAAUCUGGGCAUAUAUUUCGAAUUUUAUAU